AUGGCUAACCCAAUCUCUCCACGACGCUGCCACCGCCAGCAGAUCCAGGCGACUUCCGGCAUCUCCCACGAGCUGGCCCAGCAGCAGAUGGGGGAGGCUGUGAGAAGAGCCUUGGUGAACGCCGAGCAGCAACAUGAGGAGCGUGUCAAGUUGCUGAAGCAGACCCAUCUUGGGGAGCUGACGGCAGUCAAGGUCGACUACGAGGGAAAAUUGACUAAGGUGACCGCGGGAUCGAAGGCGGAGACCGCACUUUCCCAGCAGCGUGAGGUGGGCGAGGGAGCGGCACAGUAG